GAUCAAUUGACAACGCCGAUAAACAAAGGACCAUCUCUUUACCGCACACAAUCGACAAGAUGGUCCGCUACGCCCCCGCCGACCGCAUCCCCAGCGCCAAAUCGGCAAAGAGCCGUGGCAGCUACCUCCGAGUCAGCUUCAAGAACACCCGCGAGACGGCCCAGGCCAUCAACGGCUGGAAACUCGAGCGCGCCGUCAAGUACCUUGAGAACGUCCAGGAAUUGAAGGAGGCUGUUCCGAUGAGGAGAUAUGCCGGCAGCACUGGCCGAAGCGCACAAGGCAAGCAAUUCGGUGUCUCCAAGGCCCGCCACCCAGUCAAGUCGGCCGAGUUCCUCCUCGGUCUGCUCAAGAACGCCGAAGCCAACGCCGACACCAAGGGCCUCGACACCUCUAACCUGAUCGUCAAGCACAUCCAAGUCAACCAGGCCCCCAAGCAGCGUCGCCGAACGUACCGCGCCCACGGUCGCAUCAACCCUUACAUGUCCAACCCGUGCCACAUCGAGCUGAUCCUGACCGAAGGCGAGGAGGCCGUCACCAAGGCCGAGGAGUUGGGUGUCUCCCAGAGACUGAACUCCAGACAGCGAGGUGCUCAGAGACGAAAGGCCAUCACCUCCUCAUAGACGGGGUUCAUUCUCUUUGCUUUGCAAAAUCAAUCAACUCAGUCGAGGAGAUUCUGAACCGCAAGCUGAAAGGACACGAAUUGAAAAAACAAAUGUCGUGAACCGACCUUUUCUUUCCCCCCUGGGCGUGAAAGAUGAUGAUCUCGAUCGAAUGGCAAUUUUUUUUGGUGAAAGUACAAACGUGGUUGAUGGAUGACGGAUGGGAAGGCGAAGGUGUCGUCGCUAGCUGGACACACACAAGUAUGGCGGCUCGACUGCAAAAGGAGAAUUGUAUGUAGUUGGAGUCGAUAUCGGCUUUCGAUGAUCACACAACUUUACACUUGCGGCAUGGAAGGGCCUUAGGACUUGAACGAGAGAAGAACGUGCAUCUUUCAAACUUGUAGCAUGGUAAUUCCCCGCAAUGUGAAAAAGAAGAAAAAAAA